AUGGGUGAUGUUGAAAAAGGAAGGAAGGUUUUUGUUCAAAAGUGUGUCCAGUGCCACACUGUGGAAAAAGGAGGCAAGCAUAAGACUGGACCAAACCUCCAUGGUCUGUUUGGGCAGAAGACAGGCCAGGCUGCUGGAUUCUCUUACACAGAUGCCAACAAGAACAAAGGCAUCACCUGGGGAGAGGAUACCCUGAUGGAGUAUUUGGAAAAUCCCAAAAAGUACAUCCCUGGAACAAAAAUGAUCUUCGCUGGAAUUAAGAAGAAGGGAGAAAGGGCGGACCUAAUAGCUUAUCUUAAAAAGGCUACUAAUGAAUAAUUCCACUGCCUUAUUUAG